CCCAAUAGGUCGCUGCUUCUCCAUCAGGACGCACAUGAGGAUGCACGGGGGGGGGGGGGGGGGUUGCGUAACGGUGAAACGAUGGAUUUCCCCGCCAGUCCUCAGCCUUUCUGGCACGUUUCCAAAUGCCGGACCACGCGCGCAUAAGAUCUAAGGAGCUCGUUUGCGUAAUUACCCAAAUCCACACGCCGUGGACCCGAAAGCCAGCGCGGUUCUCACGUGCCUCCAUAAGAUUGUGCUUCGUAAACGCCAUGCAACAUUGAAACAUCUCAACAUCAAGCUUCCUUCGCGGGAUUGAUUUUGGUUCGUUUUGGCCGUCGUCAAGGUUCGUAGAAGACGGAGUUGAAAUGACCAACCGGAGCCAAACCGGCGCGCGUCGCGGCGACUACGUGUGGCAGUACGAGUAUUACGACGACGAGGAGCCAGUGUCCUUCGAGGGUCUCAAAGCGCACAGAUACUCCAUCGUCAUCGGCUUCUGGGUGGGACUCGCCGUGUUUGUCAUUUUCAUGUUCUUUGUCCUCACGCUGCUCACCAAGACGGGAGCGCCACAUCCAGAGAAUCCCGACUCCGCUGAAAAGCGUCACCAACCAGGAAGGUGUCUGGUGGACAUCGGCGGCCCCCAGGAUGAAAACGACAAAGCCUUCUCUCGUCCGCUGCUGGCGGAGUCCCGCUCGUAUUUUCAUUUUUAUAUCAACGAGGAGGAUCAGGGUCAGGGGAAGCAGAAACCGGAAGGCGUGAGAGCUGGAAAGCACGCCGGGGCUGGAGCCCAGCAGGGGACCUGCAACCGGCCCAGAGGAAUCAGCUCCCCGGGGAUGGAUGACAUGGAGGAGGACGUGGAGGGAGCCGGGGGACACCAAGAGCUCAGGGGACUCACUGAGGAGAGAAAGACGGACAGGGAGUGUGCCUCCCUCUCCCACUUCAACAUCCCCAACUUUGUGAAUUUGGAGCACAGUUCAACACUGGGGGAGGAUGAUUUGGUGUAUGAACCUCCGGUUCACUGUGACAUCCACUGAGGCUGUUUCUACAAAGAAACGGCAGGCGCGGACAUAUGUGGUAUUGUUAUAUUAUUUGCUCUCCUUUCACAGGGCCAUUUGUGACCCAGGUGGGGGAAACACACUCACCAGCCUCACACCAUCUACCUUUUUCUUCUUCCUCUUAAGCUUCUCUGCCUCGAGUGUUUUAAGGUUCAGAACGGCAAAUGAUCGGCACAAGCGAUGGUCAACAAUUCCUUAUUAAGUGCAGCUCCGUUAUAAAAAAAAGACAUUUCAUCCUGGAGGCAGAACUGCCUUCGCAAAAGGUACCUUUCACUUCGGCUCCUCUGGGAUGGAAGGUGGAUCCUGGACAAGAUGAAUUGCUGCACAGGACUAGAUAAAAAAGUAGUCACCAGGGAGCCAUGUUUUGUCAAAUUACUAUUCCUGCCUCGUUUCCUUGUGCAAUUCUGGCCAGAGAACAUUAUUUCCCCAACAAGACACAAAAUCGAUCAACCAAGAAGAUUAAAAACACAAUAUCUUUGCCUUAAAAUGGAAAAAAGAAAAGGUGAAGUGUACUUAAGCCAUUUAAUUGGUAGCACUGAAUCGAACAUAUCAUUGUUCUUUUACGGGGUGGGUGAACAGAGACCUUGGAUGAUAAUGUAACAUAAUACUUUGGGAGUCAGAAUUCUGUUGGACUUAAUAAAGCCUGUAAGGUUUUGGAAAUCAA